AGAUCCGCCCUCCACAAAUAAUGCACGUAAUCCAUCUGGUGAUGGUAUACAGAAAUAUAACUACAUGUUAUCUUUUUAUUUAUUUAUAUCUCCCAAGAUAUACAUCUACAACCGCAUAGAAAUAGAACGCGAAGUGAUAAUUUCUAAAAAAAAAUCUAAGCUCAAAUUAAAGAUGUUGUUGAGAACGAUGGCGGCUGCUUCCCCACGGCCACCACCGUCAACAUCCCUAACAUCACAGCAACCGUCAGCAUCGUCCCCGUCGCAGCUUCCCCUCCGUACAAUACCGGGAUCGUACGGUUGGCCGUUGGUUGGACCAUUAUCGGACCGUUUAGAUUACUUCUGGUUCCAAGGGCCCGAUAAGUUUUUCCGGACAAGGGCAGAGAAGUACAAGAGCACAGUGUUCCGUACAAACAUUCCUCCGACGUUUCCUUUCUUCGGCAACGUUAACCCUAACAUCGUUGCCGUCCUCGACGUCAAGUCUUUUAGCCAUCUCUUUGAUAUGGAUCUAGUUGAUAAAAGAGAUGUUCUCAUCGGAGACUUCCGGCCUAGCCUCGAUUUCUACGGUGGCCUUCGAGUUGGAGUUUAUCUCGACACCACCGAGCCAAAGCACGCCAAGUUAAAAAAUUUCGCGAUGGAAACACUAAAACGAAGCUCAAAGGUAUGGUUACGAGAGCUUCGUUCAAACCUAAACAUUUUCUGGGGAACAAUCGAAUCAGAGAUAUCCAAAAACGGCGCCGCUUCAUAUGUCUUUCCACUUCAACGUUGCAUCUUCGGUUUCCUCUGCGCCUCCCUCGCCGGCGUCGACGUUUCCGUUUCGCCGGACAUAGCUGAGAGCGGUUGGAAAACACUCAACACUUGGCUUGCGUUGCAAGUCAUCCCCACUACUAAACUCGGCGUUCUUCCUCAGCCGCUCGAGGAGAUUCUUCUCCAUACUUGGGCUUACCCUUCUCAAAUAGUCGCCGGAAACUACAAGAAACUCUAUGAUUUCAUCGACGAGAACGCCGGAGAUUGUAUCCGGUGCGGUCAAGAAGACUUCGGGUUGACCCGAGAGGAGGCUAUUCAUAAUCUUUUAUUCGUGAUGGGGUUUAACGCUUACGGGGGCUUUUCUGUCUUUUUACCUUCUUUGAUCGGGAGGAUCACCGGCGACUCCGGUUUACAGGAGAGGAUUAGAUCCGAAGUCAGGAGAGUUUGCGGAUCCGGGUCGGAUCUUGAUUACAAGACGGUUAACGAAAUGGAGCUGGUUAAAUCCGUGGUCUACGAGACGCUGCGUUUUAGUCCUCCGGUUCCGUUGCAGUUCGCACGUGCGAGGAAAGAUUUUCAGAUAAGCUCACACGAUUCGGUUUUUGAGGUUAAGAAAGGUGAGCUUCUCUGUGGCUAUCAGCCAAUGGUGAUGAGAGACGGUAAUGUUUUUGACGAACCGGAUGAAUUUAAACCGGACCGGUAUAUUGGUCAGACCGGGUCUGAGUUGCUUGAUUAUCUUUACUGGUCUAACGGUCCACAAACCGGUACGCCUAGCGCCGCGAAUAAACAGUGUGCAGCUAAGGACAUGGUCACUCUCACGGCCAGCUUGAUCGUUGCCGAUUUAUUUCUCCGGUACGAUUCGAUUACCGGUGAUUCCGGUUCAAUUAAAUCUGUUGUGAAAGCUACGUAAGUGGAGAUUCAUUUGUGGCUGUUAUGUCAAUUAAUCUUCAAAUGUUUUAUUUUUUUGGAGUGUAGACAUCAAAAUAAUCCUUGGAGUGUAGACAUCAAAAUAAUCCGAACAUAUUUUAUUUUUACAAAUUUAUUUAUUGAUGUAUCAUUCCAUUUUUAUAAAUGUUUUGUGAUUUUGUAGACU